AGCCAGGGAGAAGCCUGCUUAUUACUCAUGUAACUUAGUGAUCUCACAAGUUGUCCCACUCUAUAACCCGUUUUUCUUCUCCGUUAACUUUUAUUACAACAGUCGUUGCAAGUAUUUACGCUAUUCAGCCAAAACAUCCCGACAACACGAUGUCUUUCAUCCCAGGACAGCCGGUGACUGCUGUUGUGCAACGAAUUGAGAUCCAGAAGUUGCGACAGGGAGAUAAUCUGAUCCUUGGCUUCAGCAUCGGAGGAGGCAUAGACCAGGACCCCGGUCAGAAUCCUUUCUCUGAGGACAAGACUGACAAAGGCAUCUAUGUGACCAGGAUAACACCAAGAGGACCUGCAGAUGUGGCAGGCUUGAGGAUGGGAGACAAAAUAAUGCAGGUGAACGGCUGGGACAUGACCAUGGUGACCCACGACAAAGCUCGCAAAAGACUGACAAAGAAGAACGAGGAUGUGGUACGACUACUGGUAACCAGGAAGUCACUGGAAGAAGCUGUCAGACACUCUAUGGGCAGUCAGCCCAGGCAGUAGCAUAGUGGCACCAUCUAUAACUACAGACUAAUGCAAUAUAGCCAAGGACUCUCGUGUACUGGGACUCAUACAAAUUUAGAUGACUGUUGCAUUGUGGCCUUUAUAACUAUGUGAAUGCAGACAAAUCACACAGAUGACAUGAGAUCUACCACUGUGAAGGUGACAUAUCCAGAUGUUUGAGUCAGUUCAUAAUCUGAUCAUUCAUUGAACAACGAGAUGGUGCUCGUCCUUUCCAUACACGCUUAAACUCAUUUCAAACUUAUCUGCUUGACUUUUUAUACAUGUUUUUGUAGUAUAUCCACGGGUAACUAAUCGUUGAGAUAAACUCCACAGGGCUUCAAUCCAUUUAAUCUGAAUCUGCUCUGGUGUGUAGAAGAAAAACACUAGUAGACGUUUUUCUCAUGAAGAGUGUUCCAAAACUCACAUAAUCAAUUUUGGCUAAUUUUGAGAACGUCAACAUUUUUGUUUAUUUUAAAAUGUUGCUGUAUGAAAAGUAUAUUUUAGAGGUGGGGUGACACAGGAGGAAUUCUUUGCUUUAUUAUGAACAAUAAUUACUGUGUGCUUGUUUUUUUUUUUAAUAACAGCAAACUUAAGUGAGUUUUUGGAAAACAUUUAAUCAAAUGGUCUAUUUGUCAAUUUAAAAUUUGAGUCUAACAAAUCAUUCUUGAUCCAUUUUCAUUUAGAGAAACACAGUAUUUGCCACCUCACCUCAACCCAUACUUGAUAGCAGUUAUUUGGGAGCAAUAGGAGUCAACAGACAUCUAUCCUUUUCUGCCAGCAGUUGACCAAAGAUGGACUAAAUACAUCAAAGAAGCUGGCUGCCAUUUGUGUUCAUUGUAUCUUUAAUGAAUACAACAUUUCAUAUCAUUUGAAUAAAAUAACCAAUGUUUCACUGUCAUUCCCGUGAAGCUUACAGCUUCAAAUGCCAAAGAAAAAGUCAACGCACUCUGAAGUGAUUAACACCUGUAGAGCAGUGCUUGUAAUCAUUUUCCUGAUCUUUUUUUUUUCUAUAGUGGUACAGUGAAAGUCAACCAACAAACAUAAUACCAGUAAUCACAUUUUUUGUUGCAUACUAAUGUAUUUUCACUAAUUAUCUUCUCAUUAAUGUGUUUUUCUGUUCUUUUUAUCUCAUUUUUUGUUGAUUUCUAUUACGUGUGGAAAAGUAACAUCAUCUGUUCUUAUGUGUCUGUUCAAGUAAAACACACAAUUGAACUUUUUGCAGCAUGUUACAAUAAUUACAGCCCAUACAAACAAUAUUCCUCAUGCUGGACAUUUAAAUGGUAACACCUGUCAUACGAUCUGUGCCAUUUUCAAUAUAUUCACUCUCAAGUAUCAGGUACAGGGAGAGAAAGUUUGGAGUUUGGUUCUUUAAUCAUUGGCUGUUUUUCUUGCAAACAAAUCUGCCAAUAUCACACUGGAAUCAGCUUCAUUCAGUUUGUGUCAAGUCUAAACAAAGCAAGAGUGACUGUUGUUAGAAACUUUGAAUUGUGUGCAGCAGCCUGAAAUAAUGCUAACUACCACUAUGUGUAAUGCUACCAGUAUCCUUCAUUCCUGUGUGAUCUUUGCAACCCAACAAUGAUUUACUGCCUCUUACACAAACUUUUCUACAUAACAUUGCAAAUGACUGAUUUAGUACUAAUCAUAAAUAGUAUUUUUUUUAAUUUUUUUUUUUUAAUAAAUAUUACAGUAUUGCAACUGGUAUUACCAUACUAAUCGUAUAUGUUUUUCGGUGAUGAUAUUGGCUUUUUUAAAUUAUGUUAAUGGUUUAUAAAAUGUCUUUUGUGUGUCUUUAAGAGAAUAAUUUGACUUUCAUUCCAAAAUGAAAUCUCCACUGCUCAAGAAAACUGGUUUCUACUUUAUCAUUGUUGUUGUUGAUAGGGUAAUAAUGCAAUAAGGAGACAGCAUCAUACUGAUACAACAGUAAAUGAAUGUUAAGGGUACAGUCUGUCUAAAAGAUGGCUCAUAAUGUAUUCAAAAGAGUCAAAACAUUAAAGUAGUGGAGUCAAUUUAACCCUUUAAUAACAAUACAUUUUGGAAUGAAACCUUUUUAUACCUUGCAGCACUGGUCCCAAACUUGUUUUGGCUAGGGUUUUUUCUCUUCCCUCUCAUCCUCUUGGGACCCCUGAAGAUUGUAAGACCCUUUGAGGAGCCAGCAGGUUGAGAACCACUGCUACAGAAUUUCAACACAUUGGUACAUUUAGAAAAUACAUGAUGAUGUAAUAUGAGACAAAUCACUUAAAUUGUAAACUGCCAGCAGAGCACAAACAUUUUGAUUGUACCCCGUUACCAUCUGAAUGUUUGUCAUAUAUAAAAACACUG